AUGGAUUUGGAUACUAAAAAGAAUUCUUUUUUUGUUCUACUUUACGUUUUUGUACUGUGCAGUAAAGCUCUUCAUUCAAUUGCAGCUGAUACAAUCACUGUGGGUGGAACUCUAAGCGGUUUUGAAACAAUUACAUCAAAAGAUGGUAGAUUUAUGAUGGGUUUCUUCACACCAGGUCAGUCUCGGAAAUACUACUUAGGUAUUUGGUAUAACUAUAGAACGGCCUUGGUGAGAACAAUAGUUUGGGUGGCUAAUAGGGAUAAACCCCUGAGUGGUAGUUCAUCUUCCCAACUGAAACUUUCAGAAAAUGGUAAUCUAGUUCUCCACGAGUCCGAAUCCUUAAUUUGGUCUACUUAUUCAGCUUCAAGUACUUCUAAUACAACCGAAGCAGUUUUAGGUGAUGAUGGAAAUCUCGUUUUAAGAGAGAAGUCUAAUCCAUCUGUUGUGUAUUGGCAGAGUUUUGAUUAUCCAACAGAUACUUGGUUACCUGGUGCUAAAAUUGGGAUCAAUAAGAAAACUAAUGAAAGUCGGGUGCUUACUUCAUGGAGAAAUCAAGAAGAUCCAGCUCCCGGAAUGUUCAAUCUAGAAUUAGACCCAACUGGAAUCAGGCAGUAUCUUAUUAAAUGGAACAAGUCAAUAGAGUUUUGGAAAAGUGGGGAAUGGAAUGAACAAGCAAAAACCUUUACUUUAGUUCCUGAGAUGAGAUUAAAUUACAUUUUCAAUUUUAGUUUCAUUUCAAAUGAAAAUGAAAGUUACUUUACUUAUAAUCUUUAUAAUGAUUCAAUUCUUUCAAGACUUAAAAUGGAUAUAUCUGGCCAAAUUAUGCAAGUUACAUGGUCACGUACAUCCGAAAGGUUGAAUUUGUUUUGGUCUCAACCGAAACAACUCUGUGAUGUUUAUGGCAUCUGUGGACCUUUUGGCAAUUGUAACCAGGAUACAUUGAAGUGUGAGUGUUUGCCUGGUUUCAUGGAACGAUCUCUUUCAGAUUGGAAUCUUCAGGAUUCAACUGGUGGGUGUGUUAGGAAUCCGUCUUUGCAAUGUGGGAGUGGGAGUAAGGAUGUUUUUUCACCAAUUCCAACCUCGGAAUUGCCUGAUGAUCCCCAGAAUCGACUAGUCAAUAGUGCGGAAGAAUGCAAAUCAGCUUGUCAUAGUAACUGUUUUUGCAAUGCUUAUGCUUAUGGGAAGAAUGGGUGUCAAUUAUGGGAGGGAGACAUGUUAAAUACCAAAACUCAAUCAGAUGGCAAUGCAGAGAAUCUCUACCUCAGAGGUGCUGAUACGGGAAUUCCCUCGCCCGAAAUCUCCCCUAAAAGAACAAAGAGAAAGGUGGAAAUUUGGAAGAUCAUGAUACCCGUUAUAGCUGCUUCGAUGGCAACUCUCAUGGGAGUAUUAGGAUACAUGUAUCUGUGCAAGAGGAAUAAGGCUAAUGAAAGAGGGAGGUUAAAAGAUCUCCAGGGGGUCUUGACUGAUUUAUUGAAAAAUAAAGCUACCUACAAGGACAUGCCAAAUACAAACAUGCUUAAUGAUCGUAAAACUGAAGGAGAAACACAUGAAUUACAAAUAUUUGAUCUUGUUUGUUUAGCCAUUGCUACAAACAACUUCUGCUUGAAUAAUAAAUUGGGAGAAGGAGGGUUUGGGCCAGUUUUUAAGGGUCAAUUACAAAACAGGCAACAAAUAGCCGUGAAAAGACUGUCGAAAAGCUCUCGCCAAGGAAUUGAAGAGUUCAAGAACGAGGUUGAAUUGAUCUCCAAACUUCAACACCGUAACCUUGUGAAGCUGCUUGGUUGUUGCAUCGAAGGAGAAGAAAACAUGUUAAUUUAUGAGUACAUGCCCAACAAAAGCCUGGAUGCAUUUCUAUUUGAUGCAAGGAACAAAGCAAGCCUAGAUUGGGAUAAGCGGUUCAAUAUUAUUGGAGGGGUUGCUCGUGGCCUUCUUUACCUUCAUCGCGACUCGCGAUUAAGAGUUAUUCAUAGAGAUCUCAAAGUCAGUAACAUUCUUUUGGAUGAAGACAUGAUCCCAAAAAUUUCAGAUUUUGGAAUGGCAAGGAUAUUUGGCGGGAACCAAACUAUCGAUAAUACUGUCCGGGUCGUUGGUACACUGGGUUAUAUGUCUCCGGAAUACAUGGUGGGAGGGACUUUUUCGGAGAAGUCUGACGUCUUUAGUUUUGGAGUUUUAGUGCUAGAAGUUGUGAGCGGUAAAAGAAAUAAUAGCUUCUACAAUCCCGAACAACCUUUGAACCUUCUUCUUCAUGCUUGGAGACUUUGGAAUGAAGGCAUAUGGGCAGAGAUUGUCGAUCAGGAUUUGGGUGAUGUAUAUUCUCCAUUCGAAGUGAUGAAAUGCAUACACAUUGGUCUUUUAUGUGUUCAAAAUAGAGCAGUAGAUAGGCCAACCAUGGCUGAAGUGGAUGUCAUGCUUAGCAGUGAAACUGAUCGUCCAGCUCCGAAAGAACCUCCAUAUAUGUUCCCAGCUCCAUCGGGUAAGCCUGGAAUUCCUCCUAUUCCCUGCUCAAAUAACAAUGUCACUUUGACCAUGAUUGGAGGUCGAUAGGGUACUAUUUCAAAAGCCGAAAGUGAUAUCAAUUGUUCACAAAUGGUUAUAUUUUUUUUUGUAAGUUUCUUUAUUUGUAUUUUCUACAAUUGUUUUCACUCCUGUUGGGUUUGUUAAGAUAAUGUGGAGUCAGUUCUACUCAUUAGAAAAAUAUGAACUUUCAUUCCGUCA